ACUAUUUGAAAUCGAAGGACUGAAACUUGCCGACGUGCGGCUUAUCACAACUUUAAUCAGUGGCCGGUGUGCUUGGCUUAGGGAACGAAAACAAAAACCAAAGAGCAUACUUCGGUGCGAGCAUAAGCGCAUUGCUUAUAGACAGUGAUAAGAUAAGCCGAACCCCUGCGAACCUGCCUGGACCUCGGCGUUGUCGAGUUUUUGGACCUAGGACUAGGACCCUCUGGUAGCUGCGCUUAUCUUGGACGAGCAGCAAAACAGUGAACGAUUUCUAGAAACUCCUGCAACAGCGUGCGAUGAGAAACCUUCUGAUCGAUCAGGUCCGCGAAGAUGGGUUCGCCGUCAUCGAUGAUUUUCUUACCCCGGACGAGGUGAAAGAGCUGCUGCACGUGGGACAGAACCUGCACAAGGAGGCACCGAAAGAGGAGCGGAAGGUGUUCACCGCGAACGCCGGUGGCAAGUCGGCCCAGAGCAAGGAGCAGUACUUUCUCGAGAGCGCCGACAAGGUGCGGUACUUCUUCGAGGAGGGUGCCAUCGGCGAGAACGGCGAGCUCCUGGUAGACCCGGCAAUAUCACUCAACAAGGUUGGCCACGCACUACACACGGAACAUCCGGCGUUCAGUGCGAUCACGUGCGCGAACCGCGUCAAGGAGGUAUGCUGGCAGCUGGGCUUCCGGCGGCCGGCCGUAGCACAGAGCAUGUACAUCUUCAAGAAUCCUGGCGUCGGUGGAGAGGUCAAGCCCCACCAGGAUGCCACGUACCUGUACACGGAGCCGAGCACAACGGUCGGUUUUUGGAUACCGCUAGAAGACGCCACGCUGCAGAACGGUUGCCUGCACUUCAUUAAAGGUUCACACAGGAGCGGUGUUCACCGCAGGUGGAUACGCAACCAGGACAAAUCAUCCGAUGAACUGCUGGUCUACGAUCGUCCGGCUCCCCUGUACCCGCAGUCCAACUUCAUUCCGGUGCCGGUAAAGGCCGGAUCGUGCGUUCUCAUCCACAGCCAGGUCGUGCACCGGAGCGAUGCGAACAAAUCUGAGCGGAGCCGCCACGCGUACACCUUCCACGUGAUCGAAACCGUAGACUGCGACUACUCCAAAGAGAACUGGCUCCAGCCGACCGAAGAGCAUCCCUUUCCGGUGCUGUACGAACGGGACUAGGGCCGUUGGUCCGUCGGGAGGGUUUGUUUGUUUGUUAAUUUUUUUUUUUUGUCGAUUAAGACUUGCCAGUAAGAAGCAUCUCCGAAUCGCGAUGCGGGGAGUGCGCAAUACCACGCGGAAUAGUUUAUCCGAUACUCUCACGCCUUCACUUGCGAAGACGUCCACUAGGGUGCCCCCCCUUUACUUCUCUGCGGUUUUGCAGCGUUUGGUGUCUACGUUUUUCUUUAUGACUCUGUAAUCCAUUAAUCACUUAAACGAUAUUUGCUCCCCGUGCCAUAGAUGUCCAGAUUUUUGCCCCGUACGUUGGCCAGUGGCAAGUCGCGGAACGCAUUUGUUUCGCUUCGUGCGCCACUUGAUGCAGUGUAAUGGCAACGUAACAGUGGAUGUGGAUGUACAACAGAAAUCGCUAGGAAAUCGCAUAAAAAGUUAAAUAAACGCAAAGAAACGACUGAGCAAAAACCUCGC